AUGAUACCUCAAACAAAUGGCAUCCAGAGAAUGGCAGGUGUAGUACUACUUAUACCAGACAAAAGAGAUUUCAAAAUUUUAAAAGGAAGCCACACAGCAGACAAGGCUCGAAAGGAUACAGGAAGUACACCCAUGGAACCAGAGGUGGUGACUCACCAAAUCAGAAUUACUCUAAGAAGGUGCAAUGUAAAAUCUUUGGAGAAGGUGUGUACUAACUUGGUGAGAGGCACAAAGGAAAAGAAUCUCAAGGUGAAAGGACCAGUCCAGAUACCUACCAAGACUCCACAGGAAGUUUUUCAAUAUUAUUUUGUAUUAGUUUUGGGUGCACAGACUUGGAAUCAUUUUCAGAUAAAGAUCCACAGGCGACUCAUUGGCCUGUACUGUCCUUCCGAGAUUGUUAAGCAAAUUACUUCCAUCAGUACUGAGCCAGGAGUUGAGGUUGAAGUUACCAUUGCAGAUGUUUAA